AUGCCACCUGUUACCAAAGCAAGUGUCCGGGGCUUUCUUGGUCACGAUGCUGCCGAAGAGGAAGGCUUUCUCGACGUGGCGAGCACGUUCAUCGUCAAUCAGAUCAUCUACGCUGUAGGUGCAAAGCAAUGGCCCUCUCUCCUCCACCCGGUUCUGUACAAAUAUCUCCCAGGUUUCUCGGGUCUUAUGGAACAGUACAGCAACAUCAAGGAUGUGGUCCAGAGGCAGAUGAAGGACAAGAAGGCCAGCGGGCUCAAACCUCUGUCUGACCCGUCGAGAGACGGCAGAUUCCUGGUCAAUUUGCGACUCCAUAUGGAUAUCCAGAUGUCUUUGUGCGCUGCAAGAAUCCAUACUACCACAACGACAAUCGUACAGUGUCUGUAUGACCUAGCCAGUCGCCAACAGUACCUGCCAGCACUUCGUCAGGAAGUGCUAGAGGUUAUUGAAGAGCAUGAAAAUGUGCUCAAAAGACGACCGGCUUCCAAAUUGGGGGAUACGGACAGCUUUGUCAAGGAAGUACAAAAGUUUUGCUCUCCUGAUCUGACCACCUUCCAGCGCAAAGCUACUGCUCCAGUCACACUCUCGAAUGGGUUUCACAUCCCCAAAGGUGCAAGAAUCGAAGUCGUCACUGCCGCCAUCAACGCGAAUGCGGACCUCCACGAUAAUCCCUUGAAAUCGGACGAAGCCCGGUCAAAGUUUCAAGUCCUGAGUGUAAGUGGACUGGAUCUAUCCUGGGGUUACGGUCGAGCUGCCUGCCCUGGGAGGUUCAUAGCCGACUCCUUGACCAAGAUGGUCCUGGUAAAAGUCUUGAAGCGUUACGACAUCAAGAUGCCAGAGGCCUCAUUGGACAUUGCCCAAUGA